UCCAGGGUGUCCGCGCAUACGUGCACGCGCACAGCGGCGAAAGCAGUAGAUCUGGAGCUAACUGCUAAAUGCUAAAGGUUAGCCAACAGCAGCAGCAGCAGCAGCAGUGAGUUAAGAAGAAAAUGGCGAUCAUGCAGGACGAAUGCCUCCCCUCGUAGAUGCUGCAAGCGCGUUCAAGGGAUUCUUUUAGCCUUACAAUCGGCUUUCCUUUUCCACUCUGGUGCACUUUAUUCUUCAAUGAGGGAACCCACCCACAGAAGGGAUACGUUGUGGAUGGAAGAAAGCGAGAAACGCAGUGUGUGACUAAGACGGAGGAUAAGACUAGCAGGAGUGGACACAAGGAAUCCAAACGGCAUCCCCUUUCUCCAAAACCCGCACACCAACGCACAUUUCAGUGUUCAUCAAGGCCUCAGCGAUGCCAAGGGGGCCCGAUCAAGCAGCCGCCCACUCUGAACAAGCCGGCCUCUUCGCUCCAGACCCUUGAGGCUGUACCUGCUCAAGAAGUCCCCCUCUCCCUCGUCACCCUGGGAACCCGAGAAACUACGUUCUCCUGUCAACCCGGGGAGGCCCUCAAGCCCAUCCACGAGCUGCAGCAGCGGGCUGCCCUCGCAGGCAUGGCUCCCAUUCGGGAUUCCGUCAGCCAUUCCCCUAAUCAAACAGGCCUGGAACACCCUGGCUUGGACUCGCAGUAUGAGCCGUCUCCCUGGUCUUCUGGCUCUCCCUGCAGCGGCGACAGCAACAGCAGUUGGGGAAAGGUCCUAGUGGACGGAAGCACAGAUAAAGCCAACAACCCCACCUCGACUAGUUCUUCUGUCUGGCCCCCGUCGUCGUCGUCUUUCUCUUGUUCCUCCUCCUCGUCCUCUUCCGGCUGCGGGUCAGGAUCCGACCCCGAGUUGGCGUCAGAAUGCAUGGAUGCGGACUCGAGCCCGUCGACCGGCUCCGAGAAUAACUUUGCGGCGCUCGCCGCGACGACCGGGAUGAUGUCAGCAAACGCGUCUUCCGCCGAGUCUCCGUUCGCACCUUCCUCCGACAUGAUGGUCGGCGUUUCGAUGAACGGAGACAGCAACGGCAAUAGUUGUCAGGUUAACGGCGGAGGCGUCGGAACCAUCUGUGGUGCAAAAAAUGGAAAUAGCAACAUGACUGGACACCCUCACUUCUCUGUGGCCGGGUCCGGCGGUCUCGGCAGCAAUAACUUGGGUAACCAUAACAAGCUUGUUAACAACAGUGUUUGGGCCACUCAGUCAGGCAACACCAUGAUGGCUUCCAGCGAAGGCAGCAGCAGCAGCAGCGUCAUCGGAGGCUUGACUCCCCCAAAUGCCAACCAUGGUGCCUGGCCGCAAAAUCCAACCCUGGGCCCCCAACGUCCUCUCCAGCCUCAGGGGAUGAAUUCCAAAUUGGGUACCGCUCCCCAGCAAGGCCCCUUGAUGGGAUGGGGUGGCAUGGCAGCUCCCGACAAAAGCAGUAUGAUGGAAGACAUGGAGGUGAAUAAUGGUACAUCAAGCAGCAAUGUGUUAGGAGGCAGCAGCAGUGGAAAUGGCGGCCCGCCGCCCGCCAAAUUUAACACUGAACCCAACGGACCAAAUAACACUAUGACGAUGAAUACUACUACUACUACUAUAACUACUACUAACACGACAAUGACCUCUGCUCCGCCAAACUCUAUCGCCUCGCCGCAACUGAGCGGCGAAUGCUCCUGGGGCUCGAUUGGAGGAGCAGGGCAUGGUGGUCUGCUGCCCAACGGAAACACUUCAUCCGCCCCCCAGCGCCCCCACGGAGAGAUGGCGGGUCCCGGAACCUUUGGUACGCCUUGGGAUGCAUCUACCUACUCUGGGGAGAAGGGUCCCCCAAAUUCCGACACUGUGAACCCACAAGCCCCUGCCUUAAUGCAGGCUGGCAAUUCCCAAAUGUCCACUACUGCUGCUGUUAAGAGUAAUAAUAACAACCACCAUGGCACCGGGGGUUCACGCUGGGAUCAGGGGCCUGCCAGUAACCCAAAUCCGAGUCAGAGCAACAACCCCUGGGGUCUCAGUACAAAUCAAACCUCAGCCUCCGCAGGACAAAUCCCAGGGACCGUGAACCAAACGUCAGUGAGCUCUUCUUUAGGGGUUCCUCGCCCUUGGGGAAGCAGCGCGUCAUCUUCCUCCUCCUCGUCCUCCUCGUCCACGUCUAACAAGCUGUCGAAUGGAGAGUGGGGAACAACCCACGGGAACAACCAUUUGGAGGCUGAAAGUCAAAAAGGAGGCGCUGCUAACAAUGGCUGGAAGAGCCUGGAGGACGAUGCCAUAGGCAUAGGUGGCGGAGGGCCCGGCAGCGCAAGCCUGGCUGGUGUAUCAGGGGGCUGGGGCCGCUCUGGAGGAAGCGAGGGAAGCGGCGAGAGCUCCGGAGGCCAGUCCGGCUCGGACCGAGAGAACGCCCUGUCGAAAGGGGGGAAUCGAAGAAAAGUCAACAAUCCGGCAACAAUCGUCGCCUUGCCGAGUCGAACCGAUGUGGACCCGAGGGUCCUAUCGAAUACCGGGUGGGGACAAACACCCAUACAACAGAAUACCGCUUGGGAUGUGAGUUCCAUCAACAAGCAGCCACUGGCUCUCAGAGGAGAUGAAAGAAAACAACGCUCCGGCUGGGGAACAGCAACACCCACACGGACCGCUCCGAGCCAGACCUCUGGGGGUACAGGUUGGGGUGAUGGUCCAGGCUCUGCGAGCACAGAUACUGGAAGCUCUGGUUGGGGAGAGCCACGAUCAAACUCCGGGUGGGAUAACAGAGGCCCGGGAAGUGGCUGGGAUAAUGGAUCCAGUUACAAAGGGGGCAACAACAACAACAACAGUAAAGAUGACAGAUCCAAUACAUGGACAAAUACGCCCAAACAGCAGCAGGGCUGGAGUUCCAGCAGUGGCAAUGAGGAUGAAGGCUGGGGUCAAGCUGGAGAUAGUUCCAGAGCAGUGUCAAACAACCACUGGGGAGACCCCCGCAAAAGUGCCGGGUCAGUAGGCUGGGACAGCGACAGCGACCGAUCAGGUUCCGGAUGCUGGAGCGAGCCCGGCCGAACCAACACCAGCAGCAGCAACACCUGGGGGGGAAGCGGAGGGUCAAAUACUCCAGACCAGAGUACGCCCACCCCUGGCUCCAACUGGGGCGACUCCAAACCCAGUCAUCAAAAUAAAAGCCAAGGCUGGGGAGGAGAGCCAGUGAAGAACAACCAGGUUUCCCAGAACUGGGGCGACUCCAAUUCUAAGCCCUCGUACACUUCCAACGAGUGGGGAAAAGGUCCCGACUCCAAUAUGUCAAGGCCCAACAACAAGCCGACGGGCUGGUCGGGAGGUCCCAUGCCCACAGUGGGUCAAAAGAACGACGCCGCAACUGGGUGGGAGGAGCCGUCUCCAGAAUCCGUUCGUCGACGGAUGGAGAUUGAUGACGGAACCUCAGCUUGGGGAGACCCCGUGAAAUACCACGGCGGCGCUGUCAACAUGUGGAACCGAACGAGCCAAUCGGAGCAAGACAAUGUUGGUCCAUCUUCUCAACACCAAUCUCACUCGUCGCAAAGCUCGACACAUCCUUCGCAGUCCAUGCAGCCUCAUGGGCAAGAUAAAGGUGGCAAUUCCGGUUGGGGUGAGUCAUAUCCCCAGCAGAAAGAGUCCUCAACAUGGGGUGAACCCAGCUCGACUCCGCCCGUGACGGUGGACAAUGGGACAUCAGCCUGGGGGAAGCCAGUGGACACUCGCCCGAGUUGGAAUGAACCCAGUCGGGAUAAUAGAGAACCUGCAUCUGGUUGGGGAGGCCGUCAUAAGUCUGGUCUUGGUUCCAAACCGAUGGACACAUGGCGCGGUGAUGACUCUAUGGGUAACAGUUGGGACCAGGAGGAGGAGGUUGAGAUUGGCAUGUGGACUAACAACCAACAGGAUAACCGAUCACAUGACCAAAACACCUGGAACUACAAGCAUAAGGGAUCCUUCAAGAUGAAUAAACCUGUAAACAAACCCGACGAGCCGUGGAUGAAACCGUUCAUGAACCAGUUCAACAACAUGAGCUUUUCACGAGACUCUCCUGAUGACUCCAUGAAAACUGGAGCAGGUAUGGUGCAAGACAAGCGCAUGGACUCGAUGGAUUUUGGGGGAGUCAUGGGGAAGAAUGCUGGGUCCCAACACCAGCUCUCCAAAGACUCGCCCAUGGAUCGUAGUUCUUACUAUGACAAGAAUGUAAACCCGAUGCUAGGUGGCAACAGCUUAGCACAGGGCCGCGGUGGGAUGCAGUCUCAACUCCCUCAUCCCAAUUUCCGGAAUCAAGUGCCUCCUCCCAUCAUGCCCUCUCAGGUCCCUCCACCCCUGUUAAAAUACCCAGGUGGUGCUGGAGCCCUGAACCCUUUGUUAGGCCCUCAGCAGGUGGCUGUGCUUAACCAGCUCUCCCAACUCAACCAGCUGACCCAGCUGCAGCGGCUUAUUCUUCUCCAGCAACAGCAACAACAACAGCAACAGCAGCAGCAGCAACAGAAGGCCCAGAACCAGAGACUGAUGCCCGUGGGACGACCGUCUGAGCAGACGCGCCCAAUCGGGUCAUCUCCAUCGAUGAUUCAGCCUCCACGUCACCUGGACGCUUCUUUGCUGAAGCAGUCCCCAGCCCUUAAACCAUACUUGGAUAGCUACUUGCCCCACAACAGCCCUGACAUGGUGAAGGAUACUUCCACAAUUGGAUCCUUCAGCAACUUCCCUUUAAGCUUGAACCCUAACCUGAAUGUAUCCCUGGACAUGGGUGUCGGGACUAAUGCUGGCGGAGCUUUAAGCUACAAAGAGCCGCCCCAGUCCAGGCUGAAGAAACUGUGGGUUGCCGACCCUCUGGAGCAGAACAGCAAAUCUGGUGCUAUUUCGUCAGGGCUGCGUCUGGAGGACUCUCCCUUUUAUGACUUCCUGUCCCCCGGCCCAUCUCCCCUGAGUCCUCCCGGCCAAUCAAUGGGCUCAGUGGGUGACGUCUGGCCGCCCCGUGCCAAUUCCCCACCACCCCAUGGAAACACUGUCACCUGGCCCCCAGAGUUCCGACCGGGUGAACCUUGGAAAGGUUACCCCAACAUUGAUCCUGAAACUGACCCUUACGUGACCCCCGGCAGUGUCAUUAAUAACCUCUCCAUCAACACCGUCCGUGACACAGACCACCUCAGGGACAGGAACAAUGGGCCAUCCUCAUCACUGAACACCACGAUGCCUUCUAACAGUGCCUGGUCAUCCAUUCGUGCCUCCAGCCACAGCGGUUCCCUCACCAGUACAGCACAAAGCACUUCAGCCAGACCCAGUGAGUCAAAAUGGUCUCCCGGCAUUGGUUCUGUAUCAAACUCCUCUCUGGCCCAUGAGCUGUGGAAGGUCCCCCUGCCUCCCAAGGCGCUGUCCGUGGCGGCCCCCUCCAGACCUCCACCUGGCCUCACCGGUCAGAAGCCCAACUCGGCCUCCUCCGGCUGGGAUGGCUCGGCCCUGAGGCUGGGUGGGUGGGGGUCCACUGACUCCACAUACGCACCUGGCUCCAGUUGGGGUGACAGCAACAGCUCAGGGAGAACCCAAUGGCUUGUUCUGAAAAACCUCACACCUCAGAUUGACGGCUCUACGCUGAGGACUCUGUGCAUGCAGCAUGGCCCUCUGAUCACAUUCCACCUCAACCUGCCGCACGGUAACGCUGUGGUGUGCUACAGCUCCAAGGAUGAGGCUGCCAAGGCCCAGAAGAGCCUGCACAUGUGUGUUUUGGGGAACACGACUAUUCUGGCCAAGUUCGCCAGCGAGGAGGAAAUCAGCCGCUUCUUUGCACAAGGGCAGUCACUGGCCACUCCCUCCUCGGGCUGGCAGGCCAUCGGCUCGUCUCAGAGCAGAAUGGAUCAGUCGCACGCUUUUCCCAGCCGCGCCGCCGAGCCCAGCCAAUGGAACAGCGGCGAUCUCCACGGCUCCUCCCUCUGGGGCGGGCCCAGUUAUUCCAGUAGCCUGUGGGGGAACCCCGGCGGCACGGAGGCGGGAAGGAUCGGCAGCCCUUCUCCAAUCGGCUCCUUCCUCCCGGUGGAUCACCUGGCCGGCGCCGGGGACUCCAUGUGAGUGAGCGUCGGCAAGGGUUGGUGGCAAAUUGUCAAUAAUCAGCAGAACGAAAAGCAAAAGAAGUGGCACUACUCACUUAUGACAAGAUGUUCAACAAAACGGGGUCCCCCCCCUGUGGAAAACAAGUUACGUUUCUCUCUCUGCACAUAUGUCCACUUUGUUUUAGCCCAAAAACAUAUCAGUCGGAAUACUUGAAUCCUGCAGGCCAAUUCUAUAAUGUGAACGGAUGGAUAUUUGCUUCCAGGUAGUGCUCUUUCACACCGAAAAAAAAAGCUUCAAUUGAGCUCAUUAUUAUAAAUAUAUAUAUAUUUGUUUCCUUCGUCGUGUUUUUUUUGUUUUGUUUUUUUUUAAUUCCAAUUAUUUUCUUUUUUUUGCUGACAAUGUUGGAGUAAGAGCUUUUUAAACUUUGCACUGAAUGUGUUUUUUUUUGUUUUGUUUUUUUUUCCUCAGUAUAUAUUUAAUCUGCAAUAUAGAGGGAGCAGCCAGUUUUUUCCAGUGUAGCUGUUUACUCAUUGAGGUCCUUACCGUGUAUGCGUGGCUGUACAGUGUGUGUGUGUGUGCGCGCGUGUGUGUUUGCGUGCGCUCCUUUCUUGCCUUGGCACGCCUGUCGUGGAGUUUGAGAUCAACGGAUAAAUUCAAGAAGAAGAAAAAACUAAUUCGGGAGGAUUAUCUCGGGAUAGUUAAGAGAGGAAAAAAAAAAAAAAAGUAUUGCACCAAUGUUUUGUUUGAAAACUAAAGAACGUUGAGCUCUGCAGUGCAAAGGACUGUAGCCGCAGCUGGGACUAGCAAGCCCCAGCUACCCUAGUGUAGGGGCCGGGGCCUAUCUAGCAAGCCCUCCCUAGCGCCCCCCACAAGGGCAAGGGUGGGAACAGCACUUUCAGAAUAGGCUUUCAAUAUUUCGGAGGUGCCACACUGCAACCUCUUGUUUACAAGACUUAGGAGGCGGAACGUGUGUUCAUCCUUCAUUUUAAAGAGAAGAUGGAGUAAAAAAAAAAAAAAAAAAAACGUAAAAAAAAAAUAUAUAAAACUGAAAAAAAUGAAAAACAUUUCUAAAAGAAGAAAAAAAAUCACAAAAAUAAUGUUAGCGAGGAUGAAGAAGAUGCUUUGUAACUCUGGGAAUUCGGAUCAGUGUUUUUUGGCCAUGGUGUUGGUUCUUUGAAUUAUUCCUCUGUCUGCUAAAUAACCAGCAAUGGUUCUCAGGAAAUCAAGCCAGUUUCCCCCCCCCCUUAUAGUUGAUUUAACGAGAGGAAAAAACAAAAACGACUACUCCUCCUCCUUGUAGGAAAGGAAAAUCCAACUUCUAGCACUGAAAACUAUGUAUGAUAUGGUCUGUAAGUUUCUUUUUUUUCUCUGCCAAAUAACUGCUUUAAGCUGGAGAAGCUCAACACACUGCUUUCAAUAUGCUGUCUUUUGAGGGUUGGGGGGGUCCAAGUGUGUGCGUGUGCGAGAGAUCAUGUUUGUGUGUGUGUGCGUCUCCUCCACUCCACCCGUGUUCAAAUCAACAGUGGGGGGAGUGCAAAUGUUGUAUAAACCAAGAGAAAGGCGAAACUGUAUCUAUGCAUACUGUAGCUUCUCACGGCCUACUGAGAGGUUUUUUUUUUUUUUCAUGUCCGACAAGUUUUAAAUGUUUCAUUCAGUACGACAACAUUUUAAACGACAUAUUUAGCUCUCAUUGCCAGUGUUUUUUUUGUUUUUUUUGGGGGGGGGGGGGGAAGAAAAAAAAAGGAAAGAAGCAACACGUUUGUUUUUGUUUUUAUAAACAGUGAAGCAAAAGUCGUCCACAUUUCAUUGCCUUGAUCCCAAUUGUGUCCGCACAUGCAACAACAAGUCAAGUGGCUUCUACCUGUUUACAAAUGGAAUAUGAUUGUAUUGUUGUGCUGGGGUGGGGAGGGGAGGGCAUCUUAAACCUGAUCAAUAAUGUGCGUCCAUGUUCAUAGAUGUCCCAUCUCGGUUGUCGUGUAGCUCCCAUGAUGCUCAACUUCUUUUUUUUGUGUGUGUGUGUUGGGGUGGAGGGGGAGGGGCUUAAAAAAAAAAAAGCUUCCGAGUGCACAUAAGCGUUAGCGAAGCCAUGGACCUUAAACUCUUCAGUGCGUGUGGUUUUUAUUUGACAAGUACGACACGUUGGCUUUAGUUUUUAAGUCGAGCAGUGAUUAACAAUGAGUAUUAGCCACAAGUGUGUGUGCGUGUGUGUUUGCGUGCGCGCUAGUAUUGAACUGCUCUACCAAAUAAGUCAAUCAAUAUCUUAGUUUACUUAAUUCCACAUCUCUUUGCUUAAACUGUGUUGUUUGUGGGUCUUAUUAGACGCGAUUUAUUAAGAGGAACAUCUGAAGUUUUUUUUUUUUUUUUGUGUGUGAUUAACUUAACUGACAUGUUGGAGAGGAGCCUUGGAUUUUGCACUUGGUGGGUUUGGGUUUUACCCAAAAGCCGUUCGUAAGGAACCGUCGGUCGGUCGGAAGAGCUGGUGAUGAUGGCGUUGUAUUUUGUUGCAAAAGGGGCUGAAUGUGUGUGUGUGUGUGUGUGUUAUAGUUGAGUGAAUGGAGAAGAUGGUGUUGUCUUCUUUGGGGAAGCAGCAAGUUGUCUCAUUGCUUACCUUCCUAUCCAACCACUUGUUGCUGUCCACUAGAAACCUUUUUUACCCCCUCCAAAAAGUCAUUAAUAGGCUACAGAUGCCGCAAGGUGGCGGCAAAGCACUAUUUUAUCCAAAGGCAACCCAGUUCAAUUUAUUUACUUGAAGUUAAAAAAAAAAAGUUACUCAAGAAACAAAUAUGUGGGGAUGUUUGCUUCUGGAUUUGCUCGAGUUCCCGCUUGCUCUUCUCACCGAUCCAGUGUCCGUUUGUCCUCUUAGCUCUCGACCUUGACUAACAUUAUCUUCGAUGAACUGCAGCAAGGCGUUCUCUCUCUCCAGCUUUGCGAGCUUCCGCCAGCUUCUUCUCAAUUUUGCAGCCUUCUUGCAUAGACAGCUUCCUUAACAAUUGCAUUGGAUGAAGGGUUAGCUUUUGUGUCACGGCUUGCUAAAAAAAAAAAAAAAACAUUGAUACUUAAUGUCCGUAAACUACUGAUAAAGACCAUUAUUACCACAGAUAUUCUUUGCCAAGGAAAUACGUGCCUCCUACAGAAUGGUGAUAAAGUUUUGGAAAGCUUUGAGGGAGUAACGUUAGCUAGCCGACCUUUCUGCAGCACCACUGCAUUUUCUUUCCCCCCAUGUUAAGUGUUGAAGCGAAAUGCUCGUGACGUCUUGACAACAGAGUUCCAUAAGAUGAUGCCAAAUGGAGGUGGAAGCGGGAAUGAAAGGGACAAAGGGGGGGGGGGGGGUAUGAAUGUGUGUGCGUGUGUGUUUAAGAAGCAGGACAAUGCGGAAUGCUUGAAGCCAAGUGUUUUGCAACGAUGAUUUAAGGAAAACCUUUUGAGCGAGAACCACCUUACAAUCUCCAGGGCUGCCUAGCAGCUUCCCAAGAUGGAAGGGAGGGCGGGAGGGAAGCUGGCAGGUGAUACUUUACUACUUUUUAUUAUUUAAGAAGAAUAAUGUGACUAUGUUCUCCUCUUGACUGAACUCUUCUGUGCGCAAACACCCAGUGGCAAUUAUUGUCGAUCAAAAAUGCUUGACACACAAAAACGACGCCCCGCCACCCAAAAAAAAAAUCAACAAACUGUGAUUAUCUGCUGUCUUUUUAUUUUUUUUGUCGGAGUAUAAAUAUGCGCAAAAAAACAAAACAAAAGCUUUAGUCUAACCAGCACAAAGAGGGUGGGUGUCGCUCAGUGAGACUAUGCAGUGGAGUGUUGAACCCAGGCUUCCAUGUCCAACUUGGGUUUUUGUCGUGUUCUUGAAAAUACCUUAAAAAAAAAAAAGUUGACGGGAUUCCCAAUAAUAUUCCUCAAACAUGUUGUGCCAUUGAAUCCUACUGCUACUACUAAUGAACUAAUAAUGGAGAGGGGGGGGGGAAAAAAGUUUACCUAGCAACCGCCGGGCCAGUUGUAGCAGGAAGUGGGUGCGUGGUCAGGUCCAUUCGUUUCUUUUUCCCAGCUCGGCGAUAGAGUGGCGAAAGUGCAAAUUUUACACAACUUUUUUAUAGAGAUUCUAUCAAUCCACAGUGUCUCGUUGGAUCACCUCUUAUUAUGCACAUUGCUUUGGGAGACUGUUGAAUCAAUAAUAUCUCUCUCUCUAUAUAUAUAAAUGAGAAUAUGUACUGACAGUGUCUCUAAUCAUCGAGGGGGGGGGUCUUCCUAACCUAGAAACGACAGGAAGUAACUUUAUUUUCAAACGUCUUCCUCGGGUCAUCACAGGAUUUUAUCUUAACACUUUUGGGGGAACUGCACUUUUUGAAGGACAAUCUUUAUUUCGGUAUAUUGAUACAUUAAUUUAAAAAAAAAAAAAAAAAAAAAAAAGUGAACGAAGUCGCCUAAUAUGACAAGGUAUUAAAACCAACUCCAGUGUGCUCUAAUAUGAAUGUCUCCUCUGAUGCUGUCUAUUUGGUUUCAUUUAAUAUUUUUACUUUUUUUUUUUUUGCUUGGUUUAAGUAUUUUUUCCUUAUUUUUUUCUGAAUUUUUAGUGCUCUUAAGAGAAUGUGUACUAAGGUGUAGACUUGUAGGUAGUAGGUCUUCUGUUGGCUGUACUCGUAUACUGAUUACUGUUUGUAACCUCUGGCCCCUUCAGCCAGUAUACAAAGCUGUAUAACUUGGGUACAACCCUCAAUAAAAGACUAACAAUCA